AUGAAGGAAAAAUGCAAGAACGCGGCGAAAACGCGGAGAGAGAAGGAGAACGGAGAGUUUUAUGAGCUGGCCAAGCUCCUGCCUCUGCCGGCGGCCAUCACCUCCCAGCUGGACAAGGCCUCCAUCAUCCGGCUGACCAGCAGUUACCUCAAGAUGAGGGCAGUCUUCCCCGACGGUCUGGGUGAUGGAUGGGGUCAGUCAACAAGGUUCAGUCCUCUGGACAGCAUGGCUAAAGAACUGGGUUCCCACCUUUUACAGUAACUUCUUUGUUACAUCACUCAGACUCUGGACGGCUUCGUGUUUGUGGUUGCCUCUGAUGGUAAAAUCAUGUACAUCUCAGAAACAGCAUCAGUCCACCUUGGCUUGUCCCAGGUGGAGCUAACAGGAAAUAGUAUAUUUGAGUACAUCCACCCAUCAGACCAUGAUGAGAUGACAGCGGUGCUGGGUGUUUGCCAGCCCCCAAACCAUCACUUCUCUCCAGAUUAUGAAAUAGAGCGCUCCUUCUUCUUGAGGAUGAAGUGUGUUCUUGCUAAACGAAAUGCAGGACUGACAUGUGGAGGAUAUAAGGUCAUUCACUGCAGCGGCUACCUGAAAGUUCAUCAGUACAUGAUUGACAUGGCGCUGUAUGAAUCCUGUUAUCAGACUGUGGGUCUGGUGGCAGUUGGUCACUCCCUACCCCCAAGUGGUAUCACUGAGAUAAAACUCCACAGCAACAUGUUCAUGUUUCGGGCCAGCCUGGACUUUAAACUCAUCUUCUUGGACACGAGGGUGGCAGAGUUGACGGGCUAUGAGCCUCAGGACCUGAUAGAGAAGACUCUCUACCACCAUGUCCAUGCCUGUGAUGUUUUUCAUCUACGCUAUGCUCACCAUUUAUUACUGGUGAAGGGGCAGGUCACCACAAAGUACUACCGCAUGUUAUCGAAGCAUGGAGGCUGGGUGUGGGUUCAGAGCUGUGCCACCAUCGUCCACAACAGCCGCUCCUCCAGACCUCACUGUAUUGUCAGUGUGAACUACGUCCUCACGUGA